AAGAAAGUUGUAUAUGUUGGAAUAAAUUGAUGGAGUGUCUGUUGGGUUUUGCAUCUUCUGUUUCAAGAGAUUUAGUGUGUGGAGCAUUAAAUCAAUUACGUUAUCCUUGUUGCUUUAAAAAUUUCGUCAAAAGGCUUGAAGAAGAAGAGAGCAAUUUGAUUAUAACGAAAGAUAGUGUCCAAAAAUUUGUUACGGACAACAAGAAACAAGCGAGAAAGCCCAGUGAAAUUGUGGACAAGUGGCUGGAAGAUGCUAUCAAUGAUGUACACAAUGUCAAUCAGUUGCUGGAAGAGGCAAGAACACAAAAACAUUGUUGCUUUGGGCACUGCCCAAAUUGGAUUUGGCGAUAUCAUGUUGGAAAAAAGUUAGCAAACAAAACUAUGAACCUCGAAAAGGUCAUUGAAGAGGGUAGAAAAUAUGUGCCAUUUGACCGCAUCGCUACGCUUCCUUCAAACACCCUUGAUAUGCUUUCAGAAAAAUGCAUGAAUUUUGAGAGUAGACAAUCUGCUUAUGAGCAACUACUUGAUGCAGUGAAAAAUAAUGAUGUUUCCAUGAUUGGGUUGUAUGGGAUGGGAGGUUGUGGUAAAACCACAUUAGCAAUGGAGGUUAGGAAAUUAGUAGAAGCAGAGCAUCUUUUUGAAAAAGUUCUUUUUGUACCUGUUUCUAGUACCGUGGAAGUUCGGAGGAUUCAAGAAAAAAUAGCAAGUUCACUGCAAUUUGAAUUUCCAGAAACCGAAGAAAUGCAGAGAGCCCAAAGAUUGUGCUCAAGAUUAACUCAAGAGAAAAAUGUUUUUAUAAUUCUCGAUGAUGUGUGGGAAAACCUUGACUUUGGUCGUAUUGGGAUUCCUUCAUCUGAACACCAUAAAGGAUGCAAGAUUCUCAUUACCAGUAGAUCAGAAGCAGUUUGUACUUUAAUGGACUGUCAAAGAAAGAUUUACUUGCCAAUUUUAACGAAUGAAGAAGCAUGGACUCUUUUCCAAAAUAAAGCACUUAUAACAGAAGCCACCUCUGAUACCUUAAAGGAAAUAGGAAGAUUAAUUUCCAAUGAAUGUAAAGGAUUGCCGGUUGCCAUUGCAGCUGUUGCUUGUAGUUUGAAGGGAAAAGCUGAGACGGAAUGGAGGGUUGCAUUGAAUAAAUUGAGACAUUCUAAGCCAAUAAAUAUUGAGAGAGGUUUGACUGAUCCCUACAAGUGCCUGCAGUUGAGCUAUGAUAAUUUAGAUACUAAAGAAGCUAAAUCACUUUUCCUGUUGUGCUCUGUGUUUCCUGAAGAUUUUGAAAUUGAAAUUGAAAUUUUAACAAGAUGUGCAAUAGGAUUAGGUGUAGUUGGAGAAGUUGACUCAUAUGAAGAGGCAAGGAGUGAAGUGAUUGCAGCUAAAAUUAAACUUGUUAGUUGUUGUUUAUUGUUGGAUGCAGAUGAUGAAGGUGUCAAAAUGCAUGACAUAGUUCGUGAUGUGGCCCACAUAAUAGCAAAAGAUGAGAAUAAGAUUAUCAAGUGUGAAGUGGAGAAAGAUGUUAGAGUGGAACAAAAUUCAGUUAGAUAUCUAUGGUGUGCGAAACUUCCAAAUGAUUUGGAUUGCUCCAAUCUUGAGUUUUUAUGCUUACGGACAAAGAUGAAAGAAUUUGAUGGGAUUUUCAAAAGAAUGGGAAUGCUCAAAGUUUUGAUUCUUGUCAACAAUGAGUAUGGAAGAAGACCAUUGUUAACAAUAUCUUUCGAAACAGUAACAAAUCUGCGUUGUCUAUUCAUUGAGAAUUAUGAAUUGAGCGACUUCUCAUUUUUUGGCGGUAUGAAGAAUCUUCAAAGUCUCUCGUUAUAUAAUUGUUCACUGCCUUCAUUUCCUGAAUUACAAACCGAUGUUGCGAUUACACUAAAAUUGUUAGACUUAAAUGGAUGUAACAUUAAAGUGAAGAAUUUUGAAGUGAUUAAAAGAAUCCCGCUUUUGGAAGAGUUGUACAUCAUUGAAAUUGAAGGAGAAUGGGAUGCUAACAGUGAAGAGUUGUACAUUAUUGAUAUUGAAUUCUUUAAGACGUUUAGCAUUCCCGAAACACUGCAAAGGUAUGGAAUUGUAUUAGGGUCUCGUUACUUUCAUCAUUAUAGUGAUGCAGAUAUUUACAUUCAUGGCAGAACUUUAUUACUUAACCAUUUUGACAUAUCAAAUGAGGUAAUAAAGGGUUUGGCAAAAAGAGCAAAGGAUCUAUUUGUGGCAACUAUUCAUGGAGGUGCAAAAAAUAUCAUCCCUGAUAUAUUUCAAAUUGAAGGAGGAGGUUCGGAUGAGUUGAAUAAGUUGGAGAUACAUAAUUCUGAAGAGUUAGAAUGUUUGAUUGACACUCGUAGUCACUCGAGUGAGGUGGUAACUCUCUUCUCCAAGUUGCAUACGCUUCGAAUUGAGAACAUGAGAAAUCUAAGAGUUAUAUGGCAUUGUUUUCUUCCUACCAAUGGACAUUUUGAGAACUUAGAGAAGUUUCAUUUAAGUGAUUGUCCACGGUUGACAUUUCUCUUCACAUAUGUGCUUGCUCGAAACUUUGUAAAAUUGAAAAUAUUACAAAUAUCUGGAUGUGAUGAACUGAAGUAUAUAUUAGCAGAUGAUGACAAAACGGAGGAAGGUGAAGAUGAAUUCACCACAGGGCAUCCUGUAAAAAUUUUACAAAAUCUGCAGGAUGUACAGAUAAAUAGCUGUCGAGAAUUAAAACAUAUAUUCCCAGCCAACAUUGUUGGAGGCUUAACUCAAUUGAAAGUUCUCGAGAUAGAAGAAUGUGACAUGCUAGAUCAAAUAAUUGGAGAUAUUGUUCCAUCAACAGACGGUGAUAAACUAAUAGAGGAAGGAACUCUAUCCAGCCCUGGAGGCCUUAAGAUAAAACGUUGUGGGAAGUUAGGCUCAAUUUUUACAGCAUCUAUAGCUAAGAACUUGACUUCUUUGGAAGAAUUGUACAUACGAGGGUGCAAAAGUUUGAAGGAUAUAGUAACUCACGAAAGGGUCAACAAAAAUCAGGAGGAAAGCAUUGUUGAGGAUGAGCCUGAUUGUCAGAGUGAUAUUUCAAUCUUCCAAAGUUUGAAAAAGCUACAUAUCAAUGAAUGUGAGUUAUUGGAGGGUAUAUUCCCUGUUUCUUUUGUUGGAGAAUUGAAUGAUAUAACAAAUAAACAGGCUGCUGAUUUGAAAGACUUCUCUAGUCGAAAUAAUACUCAAAUUGAGCUUCCUGCUUUACAAGUACUUGAACUUCAUCGUAUUCGGAACAGAACCGUUGUUGGUAGUUAUGAUGUGAUAUGUCCAUCUUUAAGAACACUAUCAUUGGAUAUUGGGAGAUCUGUUGGGUUUUUCAACAUAAAUUGUUCAAGCGAUGCUUCAGAAGCUACAAAAAGGGAUUCUAUUGCAAUCAAGAUAUCGAACUCAGAUUUUGAUCCGCCGGUUGAAAUUGUUGAAUGUCUUUCAAAACAACCACAUGGUUUGAACUUGAUUAUGACACACAAUAUUAGAGAGAUUGAACUGACAGGCUUUGAUAAGGUAAAGUACCUUUUUAAACUGUCCAUUGCUUCAUCAUUGACGAUGUUGGAAAUUUUGAGAAUUAAGGAAUGUCUUGGACUUGUGUACAUUAUAGACACUGAUGAUGAAUAUGGCAAAGAGAAUAUGAAAGCUAUCUUUCCCAACUUAAAAGAGCUCUCAGUGUAUAAGUGUUUCCAAUUGAAAUAUAUGUUAAGGCAAUAUGACGUAGCUAAUAAGGAUUAUAAGGAGAUUCAUAUUCAAUUCUCAGCAUUGGAAAUACUCUCUCUUCGGAAUCUACCAAAGUUUGUUAGCAUUUGUUCUACCAACAAUCUCAUUGUGACGUGGCCAUCUUUGAAGGACUUUGAGUGUUACGAAUGUUUGUAUCCGUUUUACGGUUCAAGAGAGCCUAUUAUCACAAGUACGAAGGAUCCGAAAGGGAUUCAGAACCAUCUCCCCACUUUGCAAACUCUAUACAUAACGCAUUCUGAUGCAGAACGUAUUUUUUGUCUUAAUGAACAUGAAAUGAUUGGCCAACAAGUGAGUUUAAGGUUAGAGUACUUGAUGUUAGAAUCUCUACCUCACAUGACUUAUAUUUGGGUGGGUCCCAACAAUUCGCUUACUCUCCAACACCUUACCACAUUAGAAAUAAUGAAAUGUGAAAAGUUGGAAGUAAUCUUUCCAAAGUCUGUUGUAAGAUCCUUACCAGAGUUGAAGCACAUAAUCAUAAGAGAGUGCAUGGAAUUGAAGCAGAUCAUGGAAGAAGACGAGUCAAAUCUUCUUCGUAUAGAUGGAGGCUGUGAAGUAGAGGACAUUAUUGGAUGUGAUAAAGAAGCUUCAAACAAUUAUUUUGCCUUCCCAAAUCUUGAAAAACUAGAAAUAGUUGAAUGUGCGAAAUUGGAAAUAGUCUUUCCAAAGUCUGUUUUAAGAUGCUUACCAAAGUUGAAGCUUUUGACGAUUAAAGAAUGCAAAGAAUUAAGACAAAUCAUUGAAGAGGGUGUGGAGGAUAAAAAUUUGUCUAACCUUGUUUCUCCUCAACCAUGCUUCCCAAAACUAGAAGCAUUGCAUGUUGAUGAUUGUCACAAGUUGAAAAGAUUAUUCUCUGGAUCUGCUUCUAAUGACCUUCCCAAUCUUCAUCUUCUGGCCAUAAAUGGAGCCAAUGAACUAGAAGAGCUUGUUGGAUUUAAACAAGUUAGGAUUAAAGUUGAGCUUCCAAGACUCAAACUUUUAAUAUUUACGCUUCUGGAAAACUUCAGUCAAGAGAUUGAAUUGCAUAAUGUAAAGAAUUGCAUUGUCUAUAAAUGUCCAAAACUCUCUUUGACUUCAACAACUACAUUUCAGAAGCUCCUUGAAGAUUUUCCUCGCAAAGAUUUCGUAAACACUGAAGUUGGUAGUUGGGAAUUUGAAGCCAUAGUAAGAUCCAUAUACCGCCAUUCAACUAUUAAUGAUAGCAGUGAGUUCACUUCAUCAGAGAAGAUUGAGGACGUAGGAAAUGAGAGCAUUAAAUCUUCAUCCACUGGAGUUGAAGACAUUGGCAUUGGAGGUGCUGUUGCAACUCACAUUGCCAAGGUAGUUGAACAAGAUGAUAAGAUGAAUGAAGGCAAGCCAGGAAUAGUGGCAAGCCAAGGAAUCCAAGUACAAGAAGGGUUGAACCUUUUGCAUGAACAAGAAGGAAUAUAUGUUGCUCUUAACAACAACAAUGACAUUUCUUCAGCUUCUGCAGAUAUCCGUACAAGAUUGGGAGCAUAUAAACAUUUUGUUGAUCUGGAUGAUGCACACAUUUCUCUUCUGGUGGAGGCAAUAACAACAUAUCCUCAUCUCUGGAAUGCUUCCAAGAAGUUUAGUGAGCGCUUUCAAGCUUGGAGGUUCAAAAUUUUGGCAGAUAUGUUGCUGUUCCUUCAGAAGGAAAGUGACGAUAGUGUUAUUCCUCAAAGAGAAAAAGAGUUCGAUAAACUAUGUGAAGAAGCUAUUGAAAUUGGAUUUGAGAGUUCAUGGGUAGAGGAAAUGCGUCAACGUGUUGUGGCGAGGGAUCCUAAGCUGGAAGAAAUGCGUCAACGUGUUGUGGCGAGGGAUCCUAAGCUUGUCAGAAUGAGGUGGCCACUACUCUUGUUUCCAAAAUUUCUGAGGCAGAGAAUUUCUACAAUGAAGCUCAACUGAAGGAAGUUGUUUUGAAGGAACAAAUAAAAGUUUAUGAGGCUGCCUUAUCAUCUUUGGAGAAGGAAAAGAAUAAAUGCAUUGCGGAAACUAUAGGAUACAAAAAGGAGCUUGAAAAUGUGAUGAAGGAUAGAUCUCAAAUGUUGGAAGAUAAAAGAAAAGUUGAGCAAGAGUUGUUUGACGUCGCUUACAAAUGGUCAAAUUUGUGUAGUGAAUAUGAGCUCAAUCGCAUGGCUGCUACAAAUAUCCAGUAAGGGUUUUCGUUGUUCAUUGUUAUUGUUAAGGUUGCUCUCAUCAACUACUUUCAAUUUACUUCCUAUAUUUUAAUUGUUUCUUUUUGUUGUAUGUCUGUUGUCUUGUUUGCUGCUGAGUGUUACGAAAAAUCAAAGAGGCUAUUUGUUCUUUUAUGUAACUUAAUAUUAUUUUUCCUUUAGACCUAA